AUUUUGCGCACAGAAGAGGGCGAAUGUCCACAGAUGUUCAAAAGGGAAAUGUGCCAUUUCCUUCAAGCUUCUGGCCACUUCUACAUUGCGAGCUCUGCCUUGCUGCCCUUCGGUGAGGCCAAGGAAGCAUGCAGCAAGAUGGGGUGGCAGUUGGCCAGAGUGGACACGCCCGAUGAACAGGCUCUCUUGGCAGGGUUGUCACCUCCCCAGGGGUCGUGGAUUGGGAUGCAGAAAUUCAGCGAUGUUUGGAAAUGGACGACCUUUACCAAUGGCGGUGAGGACGGAGACCAGGUUGUGGCGGAUGAGCAUAGACCACGCUCGAUGGAUGAGAGAAAACUUGAAGAACGCUGUGCAACCAUCGACUCGCGAGGGCCAAGACACAACAUCGAUUCAGCUCCCUGUGCUAAAGCUGCCCACUACAUUUGCGAGUUCCAGCCUGAAAAUGCUGGCGACCCCGCGGGCUGCGAGGAUAAAGUAGUGGUCAACAUGGACUUCCCUUACGAUGUUAGACCAAUCCACAAAUGCAAGGAUCUGGAGAAGGCAAUCGAUCUCGAAACGAAAGUCGUCGAAGAAGCGAAGGCCCUCACAGGCGAGAACGUCUUCGCACCAACUGACGGCGAGCCUCUCACCAACGACGAUGUCAACUGCUGCUGCAAGACCGAUUUUGAAAUCCACUCCAAAAGUUGCAGCACCGUGUUCGGAUCUGAAAUGCGUAGAUGA